UUUGAUUUGACGAAAGCAAAAAAUUUUUUUUUGGUUUUUAAUAAUACAAAAUAAAAAAUCCUUGAGAGAUGUAAUGGCCACAUAUCAUGAUGAUUUUAUAUCAAUGACGGCAACAACAUCUAAAGAAGUUAACAAAAAUCCAUGGGAGAAGUGUUAUUAUUGUCCUAUGCAGCAACCAUUUAAAUUAAGAUCGGAAUUUAUAAAACAUUUAAGGGAAAGACAUUGUACUAAGGAAGGUGGUUCAUAUGUAUGCAGAUAUGGUUUUAAUGGUGUUUGCCAGUCAUCGGUUUUGGAUGGUGUUAGUGAUCAAGAUUAUGAAACUCAUGUAGCCAAAUAUCAUAUUAAUUUAAUUCAAAGAGAACCGGAAUGGUCUGUUUUUUCAGCAGCACAAAAUCUUCCUGCUGUACUUAAUGAUCCCAGUAAGGGGAAACAAACAAAUCUUUUUACAAAAAAAUGGGGAGAUUCUUUUGUUGAAAAAUCGCAUAUUCCACCAUCACAAUAUUUAGACCCAAUAACAUGGGAUGAUUUUGAUUCAUAUCAAAAACGAAUAGGAAGACGUUUUAGAAGGCAUUUAAGAUACACAACUGACAAUGUUCAACAAAAUAAAUUUGAAAAUGAUAAAAUUGAAGCAUUUAGAAAAGACUCAAAUGCAUCUAGUCAGAGUAGUCGGACAAUGUAUUUAAAAUCAGAUAUUGAUAUUAUUAAUGGUGAAGUAGAAAAUUUUACCACUAGUAAUAUUGGAAAUUUAGAUGAUAUACCACAAAUAUUUAUGAAAGCCAGUUUAGAAUUAAAUAAUCCAGAAACUUUUGCUCAAGUUUUUCCCGGUAUAGGUAAAUCAAAUGAGGAAAGUAAACAAUCAGGAAGACUAUUGCAGGAAAAGCUUAGUCAUUAUUUAGAUAUUGUCGAAGUUCAUAUUGCAAAACAAGUUUCGCAAAAAUCAUCUGCAUUUUUUCAUGCAAUGACCUCGCAGGAUACCAUAAUGGAGCAAAUGAAUGCUGCUACAUCUAAUGUUAAAUUUUUAAGAAAACGUUUACAAUAUAUAGACACAACUUUAGUCAAAGAUUCUUUAAAAAUUUUAUUAUUAUCACGCUCUAGACAGAAUUACUUUUCAGUUUUAGACAAAUUAAAAUUAAUGCAGACUGUUCAACAAACUCAGCCUAUGAUACAGUUAUUACUAGGAACACAGGACUAUGUGGCAGCUCUUGACUUAAUUAGUACUACACAAGAAAUUUGUGCUCAAGCUUUAAUUGGUAUACACUGUUUUCGACAUUUACCAAUGCAAUUGAAAGAAAUUGAAAAAUUAAUUGAUAAAAUGUUAUCAACUGAAUUUGAAAGAUAUUCAACUGCUGAUUUAAAUCGACCAUAUUUAAAUAGUGAUGAUGAAGGCCUUAUUGAAGAGGAUAAAUUAGUUUGUAUUAUAAUGGGUUUAUUAAGGGAGAAUAAUUAUUCUUUUAUUGAUGGCUAUAAAGAAGAAGCAAUAACAGCCAUUAAAGCAAAUAUUAAACAAAUGGUAAUUGAAAUUAUUGCAUCAUCUGAUGCUGAAGUAUGUUUAACUGGAGCUGGAGAAGAAGCACAAAGUUUAUCAAUUCCGGAUUGGAUUCAAUUACUUGAUAAAGCUACAAUAACUUUAUUGAAAUUAUUAAAAAGAGUACAAAAGGUUUAUACCGUAAUAAAAGAAACGGCUGAUGCAAGUGCUGGAAAAUGUGGAGAAACCUUACAAUUCAUAGAUUCUGAAGUUUUUCUUUCAGAAAAUGAUUAUAAGAUUGUUAUAGAAAAAUUAGAGGAUUUGUUACGAAGCGUUUGUAAUUAUUGUCACGAAAGAUGUGCUAAUUUGGUAUCAAGCCAAAGUCUGGAAAAAAGUGUAGCCACCCAAGAAGAAAUCGAAAAAUUAUCUCAAAUAGUUGAGGAAUUUAGUCAGGGUUGUGAGAAGAUAUCAGGUAUCCAGAGUGUUCCUCUAAGGGCGGCUGUUAAAGCGCAAGCUACACGUUUUUCAAAUAAUUUUCAUUCCGAAAGAAAAUCCAAAUUAGCAUUGUUAUUGGACUCAGAACGCUGGAAGCAAGUUGAUAUACCAAAUGAAUUCCAAAAGAUAAUUGAUAGGAUAUCCAAAAAUGAUUUUUCUGGCUUUCAAAAAUCUAGUAAAGAGAUUUUAUCGUUACAUUUAUCAACGGAAGCAAAGGAAUCUCAGGACUCUAAUUUAAGUAGCAAAAAUACUUCGUCAUCAAGCCCAUCAAGUCCAGUUUUAUUAGUUGAUGGAAAACCAUAUACAUUAGUUUCAUCAAUUAUUCUUUUAGUACAUUUAAUAACGGAAUAUUGUAAAUGUGCAGAACAAAUUCCAAUAGUAGCUGGGCAAAUGUCAAGACAUGUUGUUGAUUUGUUACGAACAUUUAAUUCACGUUCAUGUCAGUUAGUUUUGGGUGCUGGUGCCCUACAUGUUGCAGGUUUAAAAACAAUUACAAGUGGUAAUUUAGCGCUGGUAUCGCGAGCAUUACAAAUAAUACUAUGGCUUUUGCCAAAAGUAAAAUUACAUUUCCAAAAACUUGAUUCUACAUCAAUUGGCGGCUAUGAUAUUGUAGAAAAAGAUUUUGUUAGUCAUAUCAAAGAAAUUGAACAAAAAGUUUUAUCAAUUGUUUCGAAUUUAGUUAUAAAUCAAUUACAAUCAUGGGAUGCAAGACCACCAGUACCAUCACAAUCAUUUCGUAAUAUAUCAAAACAUUUUGUAAAAUUACAUGAAGCAAUAGCCACCAUAUUGCCCGAACAACAAAUACAUUCAAUAUAUCGUGUUAUACAUAAAAAUUUUAAAGAUAAAUUAAGAGAACAAUUGCUCAAGUAUAACAUUGUUAAUAAUGGUGGACCUCAACAUGGUGUUGUAACAUCAGAAUUAAUAUUUUAUAUGGAAACAUUAAAAACUUUAAAGGCCUUGCCAACAGAUGAAAUGAAUGAUAAUACUUUAGAUGAUAUUUGGUUAAAAUAAAAAACUUAAAAUGGAUAAAAAAAAAAAAACUAAAAUGUUAUUUUGUAAAAUAUGUAAAAUUUUUUUAAAGAAUAUAUAUUUUUUUUUAUAGUAUAUGUACUGUGUAACAAGUUAAGAUUAAUUUUUAAAAAUCAUGAAAUUCUUUAAAGUUUUAGUGACCGUUUUCCUAUUUUUAUUUAAAGAAAAAAGUUUUUGUUUAUUUAGAAUUA